AUGGCAACAUACGAAGAAAUAAAACAAGAAUUAACAAAAGCAGAUGCGAGAUUGGACGAGUAUAAAGGGGUGAAAUUAAACGAGUUGGAAGAUGAGUUGAUGAAGGGGGAAUACAACGAAAAACAGGAGAAAAGGUUGGAAAAACGGAUAGACGAGUUGAAAGAGGAGAAAAAAAGGCUGGUGAAGGACAUGGAUGAUUGGAAAGGGCAGGCGGUGAAGUUGCAGAAUGCGUUGGUGGCAUUUGGUGGAGGGGAAGGUGCAAUCAAACGUAAGGCCAUUGAAGUUGAUGAAAUUGAUCAAGUGAAUUACUUUAAGCGACUCAAGGAUGCAUCACCUCCAUCUGCUUAUGCUAGAAGAGGGGAUCGUGGGUGGCCAUCUGGGCAAUGUGGUAAUAAUCCUCUUUAUCUGAACCACCGCCCAAAAGCUGCCUCUGGAAACCCCAUUGCGAUUUAUCAUCCUGUAUUUGAAACUUUUGUUCAAGACUGCCAAACAGCUGUCCCCACAGAUGAAGUUUAUAAAUUUGUUUUAGAACUUACAGAGGAAAUGUCAGACCCAUUUCCUGAUGAGGAUGCACGAAUAAAUGCUUUUCACCAUUUGCUAGAAACAAUUGGCAUAAAAUUAAACAAAAUUGUUAUAACAAACUGUACAACAGAUGGUUCUGUGUUGACUAAAGAUGGAAGUAUGUUGGUGAUCAAUCUUGAAGUGAAACCAGAAUUAGGAGAAGGAAAUGGUUGUCCGUACAUUCAAGACAUUACUUAUUAUGGAAAGAAAGUAGCUGAUUAUCUUGAAGGAAGAGAAGCAUUGCGUUUACCAUGUUUUGUUUUGUACUUGGCAGGACCCUUCCUUGGGAUUGCAGGUGUCAUUCAUACUAAGAACAAAAUUGUGGCAGACCCUUUAGUUGGACCUUUACCAUUGAUGUUCCUCCAAUAUGAUAGAGAACAAAUGACACAAAUUGCACGAAUGUUUACUGCUCUUAAAUCAGCUCACAACACACUUUAUAAAUAUUAUGAUGAGAAUCUUGAAACAGGUCCACAAUCACUUUGGCCAUACUGUCAUUCAUUUUAUUAUCAAACAAAAAAAGUAGAAUUUGAGUAUAUUCAGCAACUAGAAAGUACAAAACUGUUGUUUAUUGUAAAAACAAAGCAAAGCAAUGAUAACAUCGACCUUCCUCAAAGAUUGCUUGUUAAAUUUACAGAAACAUAUGGGGUAUCAGUGCACCAAUUUUGUGCUGCUCAUGGUUUUGCUCCUAAAUUCUUUGGAUGCCAGCAAUUGUCACAACGAUGGAAAAUUAUAGUAAUGGAGUAUUUAGAUGAUUAUGUCAAUUUGUAUAAUGUAGUAAGUGCAAAGGUUGAUUGGGGAAUUGUUACAAAAAAGAUUACAGAGAUUGUUAAACAGAUAUAUGAUGCUGGAUAUGUCCAUGGAGAUUUAAGAAAAGUAAAUAUUCUUUAUCGGGAAGGAAAAGAUAGAUCAGUGAAUCUUGCCUUGGUGGAUUUUAAUUGGGCAGAUCAGAUUGGAAAAGCUGUGUAUCCUCCCUUUUUGAAUACCUAA